AGGCCGAGACCUGCGCACGCGCCACGGUUCCCGAGUUGAGCUGGCCAGCAGGCAGGCGCACAGCAGACACCUGCGAACCCAGGCGUCGGGCACUUCUGGAGGGACGGCGAGGGGUCCAAGGGACUGCUGGGCCCGCGGGCUGGGAGAUGGGAUGUAGAACCCAGCUUCAGCUUUACCUUAAGAACUUGGAACAUUAUGUUCUUUGUCCCAUGUGUGAGCCUUACAGCAAAUUCACGUCCUUCGUUUCCCAUCUGUGUCCCUGUGUGUGACCACAGUAAUGCUGCUCUGUGACGCCAAAGAGGACCACCAAGGCAAUUAGCUUCCUCGUGACCUAGUCAUACCAAGCAGAAAGUGGAUGCCAGACAGUGUGGUGAGCAGAGCUCUGUAUAACUGGGGAGCAGAACCCCAGACUUCCUCUAGGAGACAUAACUGAAUGAAAUGGCUGUACAUCAGAAAAUGGUUGGGUGUCAGCAUCUGCAAGUUUCAACUAAUGGAUCAUUGCUGACCUCCAUAUUGCUUCCAGCUUUUUCUGGUCCUCUAGCACAUGUAGGGAUGGGUGAAGGCCACCUGGCCUGUGGCACUGCCCAGCAGCCAUCAUCUCACUAGGGCCCCUGGUGGUGAUAGGAUGCACCUUUCAGCUGUGUUCAGUGCUCUCCUGGUGUCUGUGCUGGCUGCUGUCCUGUGGAAGUACGUGCGGCUGCGGGAACAUGUGGCCACCCUGGAGGAGGAGCUGGCCCACAGGCAGAAGUCCCUGGAUCCAGUCCAAGGGCUGAGGAUCGACUACCCAAAGGCCCUGCAGGCCCUCAUGGAGGGUGGUACCCACAUGGUGUGCACGGGCCGCACACACACAGACCGCAUCUGCCGCUUCAAGUGGCUCUGCUACUCCAACGAGGCCGAGGAGUUUAUUUUCUUCCAUGGCAACUCAUCCGUCAUGUUGCCCAACCUGGGUUCCCGGCGCUUCCAGCCAGCCCUGCUUGACCUGUCCACAGUGGAGGACCACAAUACCCAGUACUUCAAUUUUGUGGAGCUGCCCGCUGCAGCCCUGCGCUUCAUGCCCAAGCCAGUGUUUGUGCCUGAUGUGGCCCUCAUCUCCAACCGCUUCAACCCCGACAACCUCAUGCAUGUCUUCCAUGACGACUUACUCCCGCUCUUCUACACACUUCGGCAAUUCCCUGGCCUGGCCCAGGAGGCCCGGCUCUUCUUCAUGGAGGGCUGGGGCGAGGGUGCACACUUUGAUCUGUACAAGCUUCUUAGCCCCAAGCAGCCACUGCUACGGGCACAGCUGAAGACACUGGGCAGGCUUCUCUGCUUCUCCCAUGCUUUUGUGGGUCUGUCCAAGGUCACCACCUGGUACCAGUAUGGCUUUGUCCAGCCCCAGGGCCCAAAGGCCAACAUCCUUGUCUCCGGCAACGAGAUCCGGCAGUUCACCCGCUUCAUGACAGAACAGCUGAAUGUGAGCCAUGCUGGGGCACCCCUAGGUGAGGAAUAUAUUCUGGUCUUCAGCCGCACUCAGAACAGACUCAUCCUGAAUGAGGCAGAGCUGCUGCUGGAGCUUGCCCAGGAGUUCCAGAUGAAGACCGUGACUGUGUCCCUGGAGGACCACAGCUUUGCCGAUGUCGUGCGGCUGGUCAGCAAUGCCUCCAUGUUGGUCAGUAUGCACGGGGCCCAGCUUGUCACUGCCCUCUUCCUGCCUCGUGGAGCUACCGUGGUUGAGCUCUUCCCCUAUGCUGUCAAUCCUGACCACUACACCCCCUAUAAGACUCUGGCCAUGCUGCCGGGCAUGGACCUGCAGUAUGUAGCCUGGCGGAACAUGAUACGAGAGAACACAGUCACACACCCAGAGCGGCCCUGGGACCACGGGGGCAUCACCCACUUGGAUCGAGCUGAGCAGGCCCGUAUCCUGCAGAGCCGUGAGGUCCCAAGACAUCUCUGUUGCCGGAACCCUGAGUGGCUCUUCCGAAUCUACCAGGACACCAGGGUGGACAUCCCAUCCCUCAUGCAGUCCAUUCGGCAUGUGGUGAAAGGUCAGCCAGGGCCUCGGAAGCAGAGAUGGACAGUCAGCCUGUACCCUGGCAAGGUACGGGAGGCACGAUGCCAGGCAUCAGUGCAGGGUGCCACUGAGGCCCACCUCACAGUAUCUUGGCAGAUCCCAUGGAACCUCAAGUACCUGAAGGUGAGGGAGGUGAAGUACGAGGUGUGGCUGCAGGAGCAGGGGGAGCACACCUACGUGCCUUACAUGCUGACCCUGCAGAACCACACCUUCACUGAGAACAUCAAGCCUUUCACCACCUACCUGGUGUGGGUCCGCUGCAUCUUCAAUAAGAGCCUCCUGGGACCUUUUGCAGAUGUGCUGGCGUGCAGCACGUAGCCAGCAGGCCCUGGCCAGGCCUUGGGAGGAGGCUUUUACAGAUCGGCAUUCCUGGGCCCGCUAUCCUGCUGGCAGCUCUGGUGUUUACUUAUCUAUUUAUUGAGUAGGCCUGGGCUGGGCCUGCUACCUGUGUCUUCUUACUGCCUCUAGGGUGUGUUCACAGAACUCUUUGCCUAAAGAGAUGGUGCCGGUCCCCUUCUGCCACCCUGAGCUCCCUGCCUGGGAGGAAUUCCUUAAUGAGGAGGGCGAUGGGGAGAGCAGGACAGUCAGAUCCCAGGGGGCUAUCUCACUAGGUGAUCUCACUCUUGCCUACCAUUGCCUUUGCACCAGUAUCCAGACUUCUGGAUACAGAGUGAUCAUGUGGUUGGCAGGCUGGGUGGUUCAUCUCUGAGUGGCACCUGUAGCCAAGUGAAUGGUGUAUUUGGAACAGUCAUUAAAAGGUUAUGAACAUCUUGA